CGGUACGUUUCGCGUCGCGCUCGCGUUCGCGUUUUCUCUCAUUAGCGCACGGCGCGCACGCCGCACGUCGCGCCGAUUCAAUAUCUUUGCAUGAUUUUCCUGCGACAUCACGCGCAAAAACUUAAUAUUAAUAAAUCACCGAAAAUGACAGCACAAUAGAAUUUAAUAUUUAAUUUAUUGACUUUUCGUGUGAUUUAUAUGCAUGAUAAAAAUUGAAAAAGGUUUUUAAUGGUGACACAUGUGAUGAUAACUGAAUUGGAAAAUUAUUGUUUAAGAUAAAUAAUAAACUUUAAAUUAAAAUUUAGUUUUUGGACUUUCUGAGAGUGUUGAAGAUUCAAAAGGAGGAAACAUGAAGGGAUUUUAUUAUGCCAUCAUUUUAUUGGUGGUUGUAACACUCUUACUGCCGGAACACAAUGCUACACCAGCAAUACCAUCACCCGGAACGUACUCAGACCCGACACAAGAUCAAUUCCACAUUCAAACAGACGAAGGUCCAGAACGAUACUUCCGGUACCAAACCCAAAGCGGACAAUAUCGUAAAGAAAAACGCCUUGAAGAUGGUACAGUUGUGGGAUCCUAUGGAUGGAUAGAUUCUACUGGAUUACUACGACUUCAAGAUUACAUCGCAGACAAUGCGGGAUACAGAAUUCUAAGAACAAAAGACAUCUAUGUUGGAAGGAACCGACCAAUUUCCCAAGCAAUUAAAGCAGCUAAGAAAAUUCCUGGGGUUGUUGGAUCAAGCAUACCAGUUGCCCCAGUGGGUAAUCCAAGUGUCUACCUUCCACCAGUUUCUUCAACAACACCCAGUCCUAUUACAUCAACUCCUAGUUUUCUUAGUACCACAUAUAAUCCCCGAGUAGACAUAUCCCACAAUUCCUACCCAGGUGUAUUCAAUGGUUACUCUACUACACCUUCUCCUGUGAGUAGUACUAUCUUACCUCCUCCUGUUACCUCAACCCCAUCACCGUUCCAGUCUACAACUGUUUCCUCACUUCCAUCUUCAACUGCGUUUGUAUCACCAACGCCCACACCUGGAACAGUUGUUAUCUCCCCGAAAGUUCCUUACCCAACUGCUCAUUACUUACCAAGUGUAUCUUCCACACCUUCUCCGUUUAUUACGUCUAUAUCAUCCACACCUAUACCCUCGCCAUCUCCAGUGUUUAUUACAACUCAUAGACCUGCGUAUAAUGGUCUAUUUCUAAGUACGACUCCUUCACCUUUAGGUCCUAUUGGUCCUAACUAUGGUAGUCUUUCCUCAACACCACAUCCAUUGAAUAUAUAUGAUUCCCCAACGCUUACACCUCAGAUCAAUUCGAAUGCCUUGGAUGAUUUUUACGAUUCGAAUGAGAAUCCGUACAUUCAUCAUAAUGGUCCUACAUAUCCAAUUGAUAGACAUGGUAAUUCAUAUUUUGGAAGGGCACGUCCACAAAAUAGACAACCUGCACCAACAAAUGGUUACAUAGGAAAUGGUUACGAUCCGCAAUACCCUCAGUAUAAUGGUGUUUCUGUAACUAACGAUGGUUUCCGUUACUAUAUCCCACGUGCCUACCAUGAGGAACAAGAUACAGGGUAUUCAAAAUCAGGAAGUUUUGGAUAUAUAGAUCCAUUUGGAAUUCGUCGUGUUGUUUAUUAUAAUGCUGGGGCAGAUGGAUUCCAACACAGAAAAAACAAUCGUUAUGUGGGAUUCAACGCGACGCCUUAUGAUCCAAGACCUUACAAGAAGAGGAAAUGAUUGAUCGAUCGAUAAAUGGACGAAACGAAAACGAACGAAUUAGAUUAAAGUAGAUUAUAGAGUUUGAAUGUUUGUAUGAAUGAUUUACUUUUUUUGUGUUGAAUGCGAGUAGUUCUUUCGAUUAAAUUAUUAAUUUAUGUUACACUUUUCCCUAUUUUGUUGUGAGGUUAAUUUAUGGGUGAAUUGUUGUAGAAUGCUUGUUAAUUUAGUUGUUAGGUUGUGUUAACGUAAUUAACUUUAGAUGAAUAGGGUGCCAUUUUGUUUUUAGUGACGAUUUCACGAAUUAUUGUUUAUAAUUUUGAUAAUAUCAUGGAUUUUACAAAGCAAGGAACAUAAAUUUUAAUACAAAUUAUUAUAGACACUAGUUCGGAAACCGUACAAGCACGUUGUGUUUUUAGUUUAACUACAAAAACAAAAACUGGGAAUAUAAUAUUAAAUAACGUUGUAAGGACAAUAAAUACUGAUUAACAUCCAAAGAAAUACAACUUUUGUAUCGAAAAAUAAAGAAAUAGAUAAAA